AUGUAGAAUUAGGAUAAAUAAAAAGUAAUUGAAACAGGUACAAGCAAAGUGGCUGCAAGAUUCCCAUUUACGUAUGAUAUUCUAUUCAAAAAAGAGUAUUUUUAGAAGAAGGAAUUGAAUACUAUUAUUGCACAUGUGGUCUUGGAUCUACUCAGCCUUUUUGUGAUGGAUAGUGUGAGGGAACAGGAUUUGAGCCUGUUAAAAUAAUUCCAAAGAGAAGUGGAAAGUAAGUUUAGAUUACUCAAUUAAUUAAGUGCUUUACUCUGUGGUUGUAAGAGAUAAUGUGAUCCGAGAAAUCCGAAUUGCGAUGGAAGUCAUUCAGUAGUUAAUUUGGAUUGGUGAAUAUGAUGAUCAAUAGCUUAUCAACAAAUUUUCAUUCUGAAUAGAAUCUAAAUUCUUAAAUAUUCAGUUUCAAAUAUUUGAUGUCCACCAUUCACAAUAUUCAGAAUUGCAAUUAAAACUUCGAAUUCAAAAAAGAUAAAGCUCCC